AUGAGCAGCAGCAAACUCAGCCCUCUGUGGGACAUGGUGUUGAUUUUUUUUUUUCAUGAUUUCCCAUGUGCAUGUGUGUUCAUGUACCACCAAGCCAGGUCGGUGAGCACAGCCAAUAGUGUACCCACCAAGCUCCCCAGGAUGUCACAUUCACCUUUAGACCCUUGGGAAGUUACUGUCUCUGGACCCUACACCCAGAGAACUCAAUUGGUCCAAGUUCAACUCCCUGGUCCUGCCCAGCAUUUUCAUUUCAUCUUGACAAAGCCUGCAUUUGGAAAGCCUCCCUCAGCCUUCAUACUGGCAGAGCAGGAGAGAGACGGACAUGAGAGAUGGCAAAAGAGGGAAAUGGAGGUGAAAAGUGUAAAUACGGGGAAACCAUAA